UCGUGCUCUUCAUCAACAAGAAGCUGUGCUUUGAGACCACAAGAGGCCACCCACACCUGGAACAGAGAGGCAAGAGAAAGCAGUCUUUGAGAGACAAGACUGGGGGCCACCCAGGACUGGCCGAGAAUUGUUGAGAGUGAAAUGUUCCCAGCCAUUAAGAGACUACCCUAUCAAACACAGUUGCUCUGUCCCCUGCAAAGACCUACUCCAUAGACCUUGGCGCAGGAACUGGCAUGCUGCCUGGUUUUAGUUACAGCCAACAGUGCUCACGUACUGCGCAUAUUUUCUUUAUGUGUGUAUUAAUAAGGUUUUGCAUGUUCUAAAAGAGAGACCUCAAAUUUCUCAUCAUGCUUGUUCUGUAUUUCACGUGAGCCCCGAGUUCUGGAGGAACCGAAAGAGUGGACUCCAUACACGUGAGGUAGUUGGCCAUGGUGUUGGCCAUGGCAUCUCAGGAUGCCCAGAACUUCUUUCAGCCUUUGUCUUCCUGGCUCUCCCGGGUUUAUGAAGCUCUUCAGCAAGCAGGCGAUGCACUGUCGGCGUCGCUGGUUCUUCUAAGCAAACAGGAUUCGGCGUUGAGUGACAAGCCAGACCAGGACUUGGAGGAUACUAAGUUUCAAGAAACCUACUUUGAAGAUGGAGAGCAGGGCAGUGAUGGGAAUUCAGAGGAGGCAAGCUCCCUGUUUCUUGAAGAGGACCAUUUCUCCCGCUCUAAUAGUGACCUUCAGGACUCUGGCAGUACGGCAAGUCCCAGACUUGAUCAACAAGCCAAAGACUCAUGCUCUACCACACACCAGUGGCCCGAUCCGAUCCCAGCUGGCCCGAAGUCCCUGCACACGCUUUCUUCUAUUGCAGAGGAAGAACGUGACUUUGAGAGGCCGAGAUGUGGCCUCCAGCUUGGCUUUGAUACCCAGCUCCCUGGCUCUUUAGAAAAAGUCGAUGGAGAAAAGCAAGCUAACAGCUUUGGGGAUGACGAGGAGCCGUCCACAUCUUCUGAGAGCGAUGAAGAUGUGACCAAGCAGUUUGAGAUCUCUGUGUCCCGAUCCCAGAGUUUUCUGACAGGAGCACCUGAGAAGGGAAAGACAACAGAGUUGGAGCUGAAAACGAAAUGCAACCAUUUGCUGUCUGUCCACCGAGAAGACAGUGCUGAAGCGUCUGCUUGUGAAGAUUUGGAUGGAACCAGCCAACUCAGUUAUUCUGAGAUUCUGUCUUACGAAGAUCAGCCCAUCUCUACCCUCUCACAGUCUCCCUGUGAGAGCAGAGACACCAGACACCAUGGCCCUUGUCAUCAAGAGACUGGCGUGGUCCGAAGCCUCAGUCGUCCUUGUGUGGAGAGCAUCCUGGAGGCGGAGACCGUGUUUACUAAUCGGGGCUUUGAAGAUUCAUAUGCCACCCACAGCUCCUCUGUGUGGAGCCCAGAGCAGCAGGAUGGGACCAGUCUGCAGGUGCCACCCAAGCUCUUGGAGCCUAUCUCAAAAUGUGGUUACCUAGAUAUCGUCUUUGAGUACAGAGCCGUAACCCAGAAGCUCACCGUGACCAUUGUGAGAGCACAGGGCCUUCCAGAUAAGGAUCGGAGUGGCGUCAACUCCUGGCAAGUCCAUGUAGUGCUGCUGCCCAGUAAGAAACAGAGGGGCAAGACUAACAUCCAGAGAGGGCCCAAUCCCGUCUUCAAGGAGAAGGUCAUCUUCGCCAAGCUGGAGCCCAGGGAUGUGGCUGCCUGUGCCGUCCGAUUCCGCCUCUAUGCGGCCCGUAAGAUGACCCGAGAGAGGAUGAUGGGAGAGAAGCUGUUCUGUCUCAGCCACUUGCACCCAGAAGGGGAAAUGAAAGUGACUCUGGUUCUGGAGCCAAGAAGUAAUAUAAGUAGUGGAGAGUCUCCGCUUAGCCCAUCUGUGGUGUCUCACAGUGACAGUGCUUCAUCCACACAGUCCCUGUCUCAUGGAGGGGUGCCAGAGCUGUUGGUGGGACUGUCCUACAAUGCCACAACAGGGCGAUUAUCUGUGGAAAUGAUCAAAGGCAGCCAUUUCCGCAACCUCGCUGCUAACCGAGCUCCCGAUACAUACGGAAAGCUCUUCCUCCUCAACUGCGUGGGUCAAGAGAUGUCCCGAUGCAAGACAUCCAUUCGACGCGGCCAACCCAACCCUGUCUACAAAGAGACCUUUGUCUUCCAGGUGGCCCUCUUCCAGCUCUCUGAUGUUACCUUGAUGAUUGCCGUUUACAGCAGGCGCACUAUGAAGCGGAAAGAGAUGAUUGGCUGGCUUGCGCUGGGCCAGAACAGCAGCGGGGAAGAGGAGCAGGAGCACUGGGAGGAAAUGAAGGAAAGCAAAGGCCAGCAGAUAUGCAGGUGGCAUACACUGCUGGAAUCCUAGGCUUACCAAGGGGCUUUUGUGUGGUGUAUCAGCCUUGAUCAUCUGACACCAAGUCAGAGCAUUGUGUGUGUGUGGGGGGGGGGGGGCUUUCAAAUUGAGAAUUUUACUAAUCUUAGGGCAUUCUGUGGUUUAGAACUUCAUCAAAGGUUUGGUUUUCAUUUAAAUGUUGUAAUGAAGGGAAAGCUACUUGCAGGGCCAAGUGCGCAGUUUGGGAAACAGUUACUCUAGUUGAGACCACUGGUGAUGUCAUAAUUUGUGCUAAUGGAUGGUUGUGUUUUGGUUCGCACUGUGGGAUGCAGCUUCUCCUGCUUUCUCUUUUUGGUUGGAGAAUAGACUAAAGUUUCAAAGGAGCUGGAACACUACUGUUUUCCAUCACUGAGGUGUAUGAAUCAGACUCUUCUCGGUGUUCACAUUUCCAAAAGAGAGAAAGGAGUCAGAUGCUGGGGGUUCCAGAAAGAAGUAACCAAUCACAAUCCUCUGCCAUGCCUACUCUCUUUAUAUAUAUAAAAAAGCUCUGUUUAUUUAAAAGGUAAUUGUUAUAAAUGUGUAGUAUAAAAUAAAUUUGUAUUCAUGAAAUGCCUCUUUUUUCUCAAUUAGAUAUCACUGUUUCUAAAAGAAUUGGGUUAGACAAAUCAUCUUGAAGUUGUAAAAGAGUUAAAAACUGACUGUUACCUGACUUAUCUCUUUUUGAAUAUGUAAGAUUUCAAAAAUCAAGGGUUUUGUGCUUUUUUUUUUUAAAAAAAAAAAAAAACUGAACCAGUACCUAAAGAACAAGAAGAAAACCAAGGAGAUAAUAAAGUCUUGGCUUUCUUGAUGUUUCCAAAUCUGGAGUUCAUUUGGAUUAUACCUUUUCUAUAGACAAUGAUAUUAACUCACACAAGUGGUUUUUGUAUGUGCACCUGUGUGUCAGCCACGUUCAUCUUUAUGCUAUGUACCCUGCCAGUAGAAUAUAGUAAAAUGCGUACAAUGGAUCUUAAUAAAUACUCAUUCGAUUGACUUGUGGGAAUGAACAUGUGAACCCCUCUGAGAGAAGGUGUAACGUCGCUUUGUAUAGAGUGACACUGAAUUCUUUGAGUGCUGAGAAUCCCCAGCACUGCUAUUUCUCACAUGCGACAAUGUCUUAGUGACUCCUUGCCUUCUGAUCACGUGCUCUUUAAACGCUGACCGUGUAUGGUUCUGGGCAUAGGGUUUUACUGAUGAGCAGCUUUUACAUAUUUUUGCAGUGCCCUUUUAUUUGCUUUAUUCCUAGAUCUGAGCUCUUAAUUUCAUUGCCUUCCACCUGGACGUGAUAGAGGGGGAGGGAAUGCACACUUAACCCUGUUCUCUGAGCAAUUGCCCAGUCGUUUAUUUUUAGCUUUUGAUGUUUUCUUGUGGACUUCCACCCUGUCUGUGGGAAGAGUGAUAGGUAGAGAUGGAUGCGAACAGCCAAAGCCACGUCGCUUCCCCCUCGGCUCUGCAUUUGGACAGAUUGUCAGCGUAGGCUGCAAGGCUUAGAAAACAUAUUUAUUCAUUGCAAUUUGUAAUGGUUAUCCUGACAAGACCAGGCAAGGGCAUGGGAUAACUCUACUGUGAUCACAGGAAUCAAAUAUUUGGAAGAAAUUUCUUUAUAUAGAAGGACAAGAAUUUGCAGAAUAAAUUAGUUUCUUUUCUGGUCCUUUGGGUUUUCCCCUGUCUUUCUUGGGAAGACCUGAGAGUGCUUCUCAGCAUCAUGUCCAUUAACUGCCUAGUGGGCUUUGCAGUGUGACUGUGUCACAGGGUAGAACUGAGUGCAAUUGAUGGAGAGCGACGAAGAAUUGGCUUUUCACAUCCCUCCCUCUCUGUGCGCCUUGUGUUUAAAGGGAAGUAGAGCAGCCUCGUUUUGCUUCCCUUUAUACCACUGGCAUAAUAGCAGCAUUCAUUUUAAAAUUUACAUUUGAAAAAAAAUCUGUAUAUAUUGUACAGACAGCCCUGGAUUUUCCUCGCUCAUGUUUGCCUGCUCUACAUGUUGCCUGCAUCCAGGGCUUUGCGGUUCCCAGUAAUCACUGGUGCUUUCUGUUCUGCUCCUUGACUUGUCCAGUUUUAGGGUUUUCUGCUGGGAUAGUGGGCUUUACAGCCGUGUGCCCCCUUUCAAGAGGAAAGAUGCCUGAAAAGCGUUUCCCCCACUUUUUAAUAAUUUCCUUUGUUAUUACCACCCGCCAUAUAACACUUGUGCGUCUUGGUUAUACAGUGGCGUUCACCCUCCAUCGAUGGUACAGACAUCAAAUUCUAAAAUCAAGAUGCAUUGAAAUGCGAGGCUGAACAUUUUUUUUUUAAUCUCAAUUUGAAAUUCUGCUAGGAAGAUCUUUGGAUUUGGUACACUUAGACUCUCAUAUUUUCUUGGCAAAGUCUAGACCCAAAUGCAUUUAACAUGUUUUUCACUUGAACGUUUACAGCUACAUUUGCCUCUCAAAAGAGUUAUGAAAGAUAAUUAGUUGGCUCUGUGAUGGGAAAGCUGCCUUUGCCUGCUUUAGCUAGCUAAUGAUUAAUAUCUUAUGCAGAGCUUGACAUGGAAGCAAUGCUGGGUUUUGUUGCUUGCUAGUUCUUUCCCAAAGAGUGAGCUUUGAAAACAAUGCCAUUGAGAGCACAGAGUUUAUGGAAAUAUGUUUCAUUGUGGGCCUUCUUUCAGGGCACAGGUUUCUGCUGACUUGAGAAGGGCUGGUUUCACCAAUCACGGAGCUGGCUGUUAUAUUCUCUGAUCCCCUCUGACUGUUUUUCUUUUUCUUUUUAAUGGAGUAUUCACCAGAACAGACAAACACCUGCUUUGAGUUCCUUCUCCUUCACUGGCUCCCCGUGAGGGAUGCACGGUUGCUUUGGACCCUGUGCUUGCUGAUCAAAUGACUACUGGGCAGAGGGAAUCUGCUUUCCCUAAUGUAAGAAGAAUUUGCAAUGCCCAUCAAUGUGGUAUUCUUAACAUUCCUCCAGCGUGAGACCCCAGAGAUGAACCACACCAUGUUUGCAAAGAGGCACAACAUUGCAUUGUGGUCGUUCAACUUAGGUGCCAUUGGCUAUGAUGUGCUUUGAUGACAGUAUGGGCAUUGAUGCGAAUGUUGGCAUUCUCCACAGUGCUACCUCCUAGGGUACAUCUGAAACACACCUUCUCCCUCUUCAACAUGACAUUCACAACAUUAUACAAUGAUGGUUGCCCCUUGCUGUGAUUUAUGUUGUGGCUCUACCAGAAGGUGUUAUCUGAGAAUCCAAAUUCUUCUUCCCAAGUAAUUUAAAUCUCCUAGAAAGUUUAUCGGCCCAUUGAUCUUUCAGUGUGGACACUGACCUGUCUAUCCACCGAAACCUGGCUGUCCUUUCCAUGUAGAGAACUUGGUAUAUGGAGGUAUGAAAAAAAAUUCCUUUUUAAGUGACAUGAAAUCACAUGGAACAAUUUGGGGACUGGGUCUUGCUGUACAUGGAAUGUACUGUAUAGGCCAGGCUUGCCUUAAACUUGUGAUCCUCCUGCCUCAGGCUCCAAAGCAUUGAGAUUACAGUAGUCAUGAACUGCCAUGCCUGGUUUGAGGGCAUAGCCUUUGCUGAGAAGUGAGUAAACCAGAAAACACAUGUGAUGUUUCCCUCUUAAUUCUGCAUGGAACAAAGACAAUUCCAUUCUAAAUUCCUAGUCAGAAGUAAAUGAUAGAUGAUCUUGAAAUGACAGAAGAAUUUUUAUUGCCUGAAAAACUAACAAUUUAUUUAGAUACAGGUAUCAAAACCAUGGUGUGGAAGAGAUAAAGGAAUGAGUUGUGGGCAUGAUUGGGAUAAUUGAUGUAUAUUUGAGAAGAAUCUAUAAAUAGACCGAGAAAGGCAUUUAAGAUUAACCAGCAUGCAACAGUCAGUGAGAUCCUGGACAAUACUUAAAGGUGUGGAACAAAACAGAUCCCUGGCAGUGGAGCAGGCACAGGCCAUGUGCUCAUAGCUUGGCUUCAGAUGGAACGCUGCUGUGUGGCCUUAGUCCCAGCACUUGGGAGACAGAGGCAGGAGGAUCUCUGUGAGCUUGAGGCCAGACUGGUCUACAAGAGCUAGUUCCAGGACAGUUAGGGCUAUUACACUGGGAAACCCUGUGUCAAAAACAAAAACAAAAAAACCUAAAAAAGCAAAGAAGAAAAUGACCUAGCCAGCCACACCCCAGUGUCCUCAAAUGGAAAACAGAAUUAGUGCUUGCCUCUAGGUUCCUUUUAAGAGAUAUCAGUGAAGUCCCAGCUGUAAUGUGACUGGAACAGAAGCUGGCACAAAGCUAAUAUCCCGUGUUUCCUCCUUAUAAUCGUACUUGAGAGAGAAGUACUGGGGGUUGACUACUUUUUCCAGGAAUGCGAUUACAACACCAGGCGGAAACGCAAAACAUCCUUUUCAGGAACUUGAAGAACGCACCUUCGUGCAGCUGGCCUAGAUUUGCACAGGAAAGUAGAUCUUGUCAGGAGAUGAGCAUGACAGAUGAGUAAAUGACAUCAUGAUAGAGAUCAGCCGAGGUGUAACCAGAUCUCUGUCUAUUAUCCUUUUGGCUUGGAGGUAAUGUAAAACCUGAAUCAUUGAUGUUUGCAUCUCGAUCAGCUGCUCACAGGUCUUUCUUUCCUCAGCCCACGCUUCUGCUCAUAGGCAGACUGGGCACGAAGUGUCCCCAUCAAAAAGCUUGAGUUUGGUUAUAUGUUUUAACUUGGCCUACAAAAACAAGCAGUGUGGUACUCCAGUGGCAGUCUUUAAAACAGAUCUAUCUUUAAAACCCACAUUCUAUACUUAUAUCUUUAUAGAUGAGGAAUUUUCAGCAGUGAGUACUUAAGAUUUGUUGUCCAACUGAAGGUUCCAUUUAGAACCAGUUACGUCUCAUUGUUCCCAUCAGGUCACAAUGAAAGGAAUUCCACCACCCUACAGAAUUUCCUUUCAGUUUAAGGGUCUCUGGUUGAUACAGUGGGAAGUAUGUCCAGUUGUUUUCAAACAAUUAAACUGCAAGUGAUGAAGACUUCUGAAAGUUUAGAAAAAGGCUUUGUUGACUUUAACCCACAGAAGUUGGGGACAAGUGACCUCAAGUGUUCCUGGAUGCUGUGAGCCAGUCACCUUCUGCAUGGUGGGAGUGGUGGAAGUUUCGAGAUGGGAUCUCCUGUGAGCUUGAACUCACUGAGUAGCUGAGGAUGAUCUUGAACUUCUGGUCCUCCAGCUUCCAUCUCUGGAGUGUUGGGAUUAUAUGUGUGUGCUACCAGGUCUGGUUUGUGUGGUGCUGGGGCCAGGGCUUUGUCGAUGCUAGGAGACACUCUACCAACAGAGCUCUGUCCCUAGGCCCAGAGUGACCCUGGGAGGGGAAGCUGUGAGGAUGUGCUUCUGCCCACUGCCAAGGUGUCAGCAAACUAUGUUGAAUUCCAGACUUCCCAAUUCAGGGACAGCAACACAGAGACAUGGGGCACGGAUUAUUGGACUUAGUGCCUUCCAAUGGGGAUAACUAGUAGGGAUGAUAAAGCUGUCGGAUGGGAGGUUGUAAGACUGGGAAGUGACUUACAGAAUAAUGACCCGGAAGGUGGAACCCUACUGAAAAGACAAUGUACAGUUUCUGGUCUUGGCAACAUGGAUAGGAUCAGAGCAUCCACAAACACUUAUGCUGAGCCUUGAAUUCAGACAUUAAUUGUUUCUCACUAGCUUAAAUGUAUUUGUUGGAUUUCCUCUUGUCCAGCACGGGGUUAUUUGGGAUGGUGUAAAGCUUUAAUAUUUCUGAGGUCAUUGGCUAACAUUGAAACCACAGUGCUUACCAACAUACAAUCAUUAAGUGUUUUUUCAAAUUAUUUCUAGUCCAAAGUAGAUUUUCUAAUCGUGGGUUAUGGAAAGAAGUGAGAUACAUUUGGCUGAACGAAUCAGGGGAAAACUGCUGGCAGUCCCUGAUUGGGGGACCAGUCUUGGUUGCCCAAAAGAGUGAAUUAAUUGCCAAGGAGAUCCCAGAGCCUUGGCUUUUAAAACAGGAAGUUGUUCUGGCAGUGUUAGUUCUGUGAGGAUGGAAGGACACCCAGGAAACCUGUCUUUAGGUUUCUUCUAAAUUUAGAAUCUGGUAUGUAGUCCCUGCAUCCUGUCUGUACUCUCCUGUGUGGUUUCCCCACAUGGAUUUUUCUCUGCUUCUUAGGCCUUCUCUGGGGAGUUGCUACUUGGGUCUUGUUUGGGUAACACUGGGGUGCCUGCAGGCUUUGGCCUCCUCUCCUAUAGUGCAUCAACUGUCGACCGCUUUCAUUCCCCUUGGGCCAGGUUGCCGUAUCCUAGACACGGAGGUGAUAAUCACCUAUAUUUACAGCCCAUGUGGAACCCGUGUGCAGCUUGAGAUUUUACAGUGCAGACACGGGCGGCAGCCAUGGAGGUCGAUGGAUGUUCUUAGAAUCACACCGCUGAGCUCUGUGAAUGGUUCUCGAAUGCUCACUGAUGCUGCCUCAAGUGUCUCAGGGGAGCUUUUCCUUCUCACCACCAUAUGACAAUAUUACUAAGCAACUUGGAGCUUCAGGAGAAGGCAGAUUUCCCCAUGGUGUCACCAGAUGUAUGUGAAAUUUUUGAUGACUUAAUUUUUUUCCCUUAAAUUAUCCAUUUGAUUUUUUAAUAAUUUUUGGAUGUUUUCAAAACAUAUUCACUAAAGUCACAGAGGCCUAAGAUGUUCUUGAAUCUGGGCAGGGACCAGAAGGUGCGCUCGUGAAUGAAAGAGUUCCACAAUAUUUUUGCUUCUAAAUAGCCUCUCCUUUCAUGACUGAUUCUUGACAAGGGCUGCAGGCAAGCAAAAAUUUACUUUUAUUAUCUUGUAAUUUGGGACUUAAUAUAUUUCUACCAUGGUUUCUUCUCCCUUGUAAAGGGGAGAGGAUUUAGAAGUUAUUACUCUGUGUCUAGUUAAGGAAUAAAUAUCCUUGGCAGUUUAUGCUUCCCUUCAAAAUAAAUGGGUGUUUUAUAUCUAUAGAGGGAGGAAUACAGUGUUCCGCUCCUGCAAAGAAAUGAGUUACAGCAGGAGAUGGUGGUUAGAUGGGGAUUUGAACUUUUGUGACUGAAUAUUGAAUUCCCAUUAUAAGGCAGGGGGAUUGCAGCUCUGUACAGGCAGACACAACGCAGUUCUUACAGGCUCUGCAUAGCAGGAAUGGCUGCUCCUUUCUGUUUGGAUGUGUAGAUUGGAGACUAGCUGUAGGAGACAUGGGUGAGGGUGUCGACGGAGAACCCUACUAACCUUUUUAAAAGUUUUUAGUAAAAGUUAUCUGAGAUCGUGUUAAGAAAGGUAGGACAGAUGUAGUCAGAGAAAUAUUACAUAUUUUCUCUCAUUUUGGAGCCUAGACUUUAUAGAAAAAGCCAUUUUUAUAUGUGACACAGAAGGAGAAGGGAGAUAGAAGAAAGAGGGGAACCAGUGGGAGUGAGGAAGUGGGGGAAAGGUGAAGGAAGUGGGGUGCAUAUUGUCAGAGAACACGUGAUGUCAACUGUCUUUAUAAAACUAAGCACUAUGCACAAUGAAGAACUCCACCCCAGUCCCCCAAAACUGUACAUUUGCGGGCAUCCUUGUAAAAUGUGUAAGGUCAAUAUCAGGUUGUUUUCACAUGGAAGAUGGGUUAACAUCUGUUUUCUUGUGCUGAUUUUGAAAUUGAUCUGAACAUAACUUGGUUUUGUGCUCUAGGAAUCAACCCCCUGCCCUUACCGAGGGCGAGCUCUGGUUGAGCCAGCCCCCUCAUCCUGGGUAUAAUUCUUGCUACUUUCAAUUUCAUAACAAAGGACCCAGGUUGGAUUCUUUUCCCAGUGGAUUUAUUGUUUAUCAAUCUUAACAUUAUUAAAGUUCAAGUGUUCACUAAGCACAUCUCAAGCUAAAGCUACCUAAGUCAGAGUCUUUGGUGACCUAAAACAACUUACUGAGGAGCGUUUACGCGUCACUCAGUCCAUGGCCCAGAAGAAGUGCACACAUCUCAUCUGAUAGUGACCUUGAUAGUUGAGAAAAGGCACCAGAAAGUUACCUAAGUUGUUACUCCUACCCUGGCCGGGCAGUCUCCCACAUGGAGUUGUGUUGGCCUCACCUUCUUUGAGAGAAGCCCAUCUUUGUCUCACAGUUUUCAGCUCUUGUCAUUCUAUCUUUGUUAAUUUCUCUGUCUGUCUUUGAG